GCAAGGCCUCGCCCCGUCCGCCACUGCUGGCCAUCACCGGCGACGCCACCGCCGGCCGCGGGCAACGGGACCGCAACCAGCCAAGCCCUAUCCCGCCGACCGACGUGUUCUCUCGUGGACGCGCCCCCCGCUCCCCAUAGCCCCGCCCUCUGCUGGCUGGGACUGCACCGGCGUGGAGUAGAGAUCCAGGGCCCAGGGGGACGGAUCGGUUUCUCCAUUCCUUGGCCCUUCUUCCUAUUCCUAGCGCUCAAGGCCCAUCUAUCCGAGGGUUGAGGGCGAGCUCCCGUUGACGGAGGCGAUGGACAAGUUGCUGCAAUUCGGGCGGAAGGCAUGGUUCGUCGUGCGGGUGAUGUCUGGUCAAGAGGAGAGGAGGAUCCGCUCCUACAGGCUGCAGCUGCAGAAGCGCCUCGAGAUGGCACAAGCUAGAAAGGAGGAGCUGCGGAAACAGCCAGAACAAGUUAUCUUAUCGGAGGUUCGUCAAGUGGUUCAGCAGAUGCAAGCUCUAAAUCAGCACCUUGACGAAGCUGAAGCUGCUAUCGAUGAGUAUUUUAAACCAAUUGACAAGAAUGCUAAAAUCAUAUCGGAUAUGCAGUUGGAGAAAGAGGAAAAGCAAAUGAAGGAGAUGGCAAAAGUUAUGCAGGAACAAAUAAAAAUGCAAAGAGAAAUCACAAUGACAAGAGCUGAGGCUGCAAGCAUCGAGUCUAAUGAUACUAAAGUGGGUGAAAAAGUGGCUGAAAUCCCUCCAAAAUAAGAAACUGUAAAAUAGAUGCUAGGCAUUGUUCCUCUUUUUUUUUUGAGCGAAGUUAUUGUGCGUGUGCAUACUAUUUGCAUAUGUGCUAUGGGCUAGGUAAUAAGUGUGUACUUACAAUGAGACAAUCGCCAAUUUUACGCUUAUAGAAGCUAUUGGCCUGCUGCUUUCCGUUUGUUGUUUAAUAUCCACACAAGCUUCGUUUUGCGCGGUAAUGUGUUCUGUCCAUUAACAUGUAACCUUUAGCAAGUAUGUUGAGGUGCUGUGUCAGUUCAUUUUUC